UCCUAGAACACGAGAGAUAUAUAGAGACAGAGCAGUGCAGAGUCUCUAUAACCAGAGAAUCAAUUGCUGGGAAGACGAUAGGCAAAGGUCAGGGUGAGAGAGAGGGAGAUCAUCAAGACGAAGAAGAAGAAGAAUGAGCGGAGGUGGUGGUGGUGACGAUGAGAACAACUUAGAAUUCACUCCCACAUGGGUAGUGGCCGUCGUUUGCUCUGUUAUUGUUGCAGUUUCAUUCGCUGUCGAACGUUUUCUUCAUUAUGGUGGGAAGUACCUCAAACGGAAGAAUCAGAAGCCGCUUUUCCAAGCGCUUCAGAAGAUCAAAGAAGAACUGAUGCUGAUGGGUUUUAUAUCUCUGCUUCUGACGGUUUCGCAAAAUGGCAUCACUAAAAUCUGCAUUCAUCCGAGUUGGACUCGCCAUAUGCUACCUUGUUCGCUGGAGGAGAAAGAACAGAAAGAAUCACAAAGUGGCACUUCCCAUUUUCAGACUUCGUUGUCUUUUCCUGCUAUUUCGGGCAUCAGGCACCUUCUUGCUGAGGAGCCAUCGUCGGAGUCCGCAACCGGAUACUGCGCUCGUAAGGGUAAGGUACCAUUAAUAGCUUCAGAAGCACUGCAUCACCUGCAUAUAUUUAUUUUUGUUCUAGCUGUCGUCCAUGUGACAUUCUGUGUGCUGACUAUUGUUUUUGGAAGUGCAAGAAUACGUCAGUGGAAGCAUUGGGAGAAUUCAAUUGCCAGAGAAAACGAUGAAACAAAUCAAGUUCCAGAACCAGCAGUCACUCAUGUUCAGCAGCAUGAUUUUAUUAAGGGUCGAUUUCUGGGUUUUGGUAAAGAUUCAAUUUUGCUAAGCUGGUUGCAUUCGUUUUUUAAGCAAUUUUAUGGCUCUGUGACAAAAUCAGAUUACAAGACAUUACGGCUUGGUUUUAUUAUGACCCACUGUAAUCAAAACCGAAAGUUUGACUUUCACAAAUAUAUGAUGCGUGCGCUUGAAGAUGAUUUCAAAAAAGUUGUUGGCAUAAGUUGGUACCUGUGGAUCUUUGUGGUCAUCUUCUUGUUGCUUAAUGUUAACGGUUGGCAUACAUAUUUCUGGAUCGCCUUCAUUCCUUUCAUUCUUCUACUUGCUGUGGGAGCUAAGCUGGAGCAUGUAAUCACUCAAUUAGCCCAUGAAGUAGCUGAGAAGCAUGCAGCUGUAGAAGGUGAAUUGGUGGUCCAACCAUCAGAUGAUCACUUUUGGUUUCAUCGACCCAAAUUUGUCCUCUUCUUGAUUCAUUUUAUCCUUUUCCAAAACGCUUUUGAGAUAGCAUUCUUUUUUUGGAUUUGGGUUACGUAUCACUUUGACUCAUGCAUAAUGGGAGAAGUCGGAUACAUUGUGCCCAGGCUUGUUAUAGGGAUAUUUAUACAAGUACUUUGUAGCUACAGCACCCUACCCCUUUAUGCUAUUGUUACACAGAUGGGAACAUAUUACAAGGCCGCAAUAUUUAAUGAGCAUGUACAAGCAGGCCUGGUUGGCUGGGCAGAAAGAGUGAAGAAGAAGAAAGGACUAAAACUUGAAAACCAACAAGAUGGUUCUUCUGCAGGAGGAGUUCAACUUAGUUCACUUCUCCGGAAGCCAUCUGCACCACAAAACAGUCCACCCAAUCCUUAGAGCUCACACACACGUAAUGGUUUUGUAUAGUGAAGAAUGGCAAACAUUUUCACGUUGUAUGUUUUGUGCUGUUAUAUAUUGUAAUAUACGUUGCAAGGCUCCUUACUUGGAGGAGUUUCUUUCUCGUACCAAAGAGUUCAAGGUGCGAGAGAAAGAGCCGGGGUGGGGGUAGGUUUGGAGUCCACAUAGGUGAGUUUGAUUGGACUCCGUUACCUGUCUAUUUCUUUCAUAUUUAUGAUGGGAAUUUAAUUAAACCGUUGUAGUUUAUUUCUUAAUACAAAUCUUAACGUUUGCAGUGUGUAACAAA